GCAGAACUCAAUUGACUGUUUUGGGAAAAAAAAUAUAUUUCGGAUAGACUAAUUGUGAAAGGAAAAGGAUUCUAAAAUUCUAAAGUAAAAAAAAACUUGUUUUCGGUGAUUAGAAAAAAAAGGAUCAAAAAAUCUACAAUGAAGUGCUCAAUUGUUCUGUUGUCAUUAAUGAUAACAUUUGGUGCAGCAAAUAUCGUUCCUUCUGCAAGAUCAUCAUGCAAUUGUGUUUGUGGGGCUCGUGGUCGAGAGCAAAAAAUUGUUGGUGGUUCCGAGACAUUACCAAAUGAAUUACCAUGGGUUGCUGCACUCUUUAAGCAAAAUAAACUCUAUUGUGGUGCUGCAAUUAUUUCAACAAGAUUUCUUCUUACGGCUGCACAUUGUGUAUCAAACUUUGAACCUCAUGAAAUUCGGGCUUUUGUGGGAGGACACAAUAUUUCUAGGGAUUAUUCAGAAAUUAAGAAAAUUAAAAGAAUCAUUUAUCAUGAUGAAUUCGAUAUAUUUAGUUUUGAUAAUGACAUUGCCCUUCUGGAACUUGAAAACCCUGUCUUCUAUGGCCCAAGGGUGUCUGCUAUUUGUCUUCCAAGUGGUGAUCAAACAGAUUUUACUGACCAAUUGACACUAAUCUCGGGAUGGGGACGGUUAGGUGAAAAAUCUCCUACUUCGUCUACACUUCGUUCUGUUAUUGUACCUAUUUGGUCACGAAAAGAAUGUUCAGCUGCUGGUUAUGGAACUUCUAGAAUCACUGACAAUAUGAUGUGUGGUGGAUAUCCAGAAGGCAAGAAAGAUGCUUGUCAAGGAGAUUCUGGUGGUCCAAUGGUAACUGAAGGACCAACAGGAUCAAUGGAAAUAAUUGGAAUUGUAAGCUGGGGUCGUGGAUGUGCAAGAAAAUCUCUUCCAGGUAUUUAUACCAAAAUUACCAACUAUUUAGAUUGGAUUCAAGAACAUAUCGAAGGAGAAUGCCUUUGUCAGCCACGAGUUGGUCAACGCAUGAACUAUUUAGAGAAACUCAUGAAUAGAAAUCAACUGUAAAGCCAAAAAAUAUUAUGAUUGCCAUUGCCAUUGAAAAUGAUCUUUAAAUAAGUUAAUUAAUUGAAAAUCAGUGUGAUAAAAUUGCAAGUUUGUUCUCUUAAUUGACAACGACAAAAAGAAGAAAAACUCUAGUCAUUUAAAAUUAGAAAAUUA